AUGCCGCCCCGAAAGCAGUGGAUUGAUAAGAAGAAUGCGAGCACUUUCCAGCUCUUCCAUCGAUCCCAACAUGACCCGUUAAUCCACGACUCAGAGGCAGACGACCGAGUCCUGCACCAAGUUUCCGGUCCCGCUGCCCCGGUGUCGUCUUCGUCAUCAUCGACUUCUCAAAAGCCCUUCCGUAACCUCUCAGAUCUCAAGAACGAGUUCAACGAUGAUGCCAUCCGCCGCAAUGAAGGCGAGGCCGCAAACUAUGGCGUGUAUUUCGAUGAUUCAAGCUAUGACUACAUGCAACAUUUGCGUGAGCUGGGAACCGGCGGCGGAGACUCACACUUUGUCGAGGCCAAGCAAGAGAAGGGAAAGGCCAAGAAGGGUAUGAAGCUGGAAGAUGCGAUCCGCCAAAUCUCUCUGGAUGGGGACUCCAAGAGUGCCCACGGGGGUCCAAGUGUGUAUGGCUCUGAGUAUGGCGAUUUCCGCUCAACCACCACAUCAUAUUCACGAAAGCCUACGUACCAGGAUCAGCAGAAUGUGCCGGAUGCUAUUAGUGGGUUCCAGCCUGAUAUGGACCCGCGUCUACGGGAGGCUUUGGAGGCCUUGGAGGAUGAUGAAUACGUGGACGAUGAUGAUGAUGACUUGUUCGGUGAAUUGACAAAGCAAGCGGAGGAGAUGGAGGCUGGUGAUUGGGAAGAUACACUCUUUGACCAUGAGGAAGAGGAUGAAGGAUGGGAGUCCGAUGCUACCGAAAAGGCACCGGUGCGGGCAGAUCAUACUGAUGGAGUAAACGAUGUUCCAGACGGCCCUCAGACCGAUGUUGUUGCUCCUGGUGAAUUACCUGAGCAUGACCAACCUGCUCCAGAUAUGCGACCUACAGACCAAGACUGGAUGCAAGAGUUCGCAAAAUUCAAGAAAGACGCGAAAUCGGGCAAAGCUCCCGUGCCAGCAGCUCCCACAAUCGCCCCCUCUGAGCAGCAGACCGCUGCUUCCACUGCCUUUACUGUUGGCGGAACGCCUAUUCGCAAGAAGAAGCGUAAGGGUGCCUUGACAAAUCCUUCUGCCUAUUCGAUGACUUCGUCUGCCUUAGCUCGUACGGAAGGCCACAGAUUACUUGAUGACCGAUUCGACCGGAUAGAGGCUCUGUACUCUGUGGACGAGGGCGAAGAGUAUGAUGACAACAUGUCCAUGAUUAGUGGCAUGACCGGUGCAACUGGCAUGACGGGCAUGUCGACUGCCUCAUCUCAAGCGCCGAGUCUUGUUGACGCCAACAAUGAAAGCUUCUCCCGUAGCGGUUUCAAUAAUGUCAUGGAUGACUUUUUGUCCGGUUGGGACGAUCACACCAGCGCCCAGACAAAGCGAAAGGGAGCUAAGAACAAGCGCGGUAAGCAUGGCAAUGAGGCUAUUGGCAUUCGCAUGCUCGAUGAGAUUCGUUCUGGCCUGGGGCCCGCUCGCUUCUCUAGUAGAUCCAGUGGUGUCUCUGGAAAGGUUUAG